AUGCAACUGUCCCUCCCUCGGCCUCACACAGAGGUGAAGUGUGUUGAAGGAGACUCCCUACAGGAUAGGUUCAGGGCUCUGGAUGUGACCACUCCUCUGAGAGCCAGUGUCCUGUCUGGACUGGUGGAGGUCGGUGGUGCUGCUGGAUACCUGAACCAUCCUGUUCAGUCCACACUGCAGGACCGGGUCACUCUACAGUACAGAACCACUACCAGACUGGACAUGCUCAGUCACCGGGUGCUUCAGGAGGAGACAGACGGAACACAACACAAGGCAACCCAUGUGGUGAUGGCUGUUCUCUACGGAGCUCAAGCAUUCUUUAUCUUUGAUUACAAACACAUCAGCGGACAACAAAGUGGUGCAGGAGAGGCAGAUAUGCACGGUGUUGUGAAGAAGAUGAUGCCGUCCUUCAGUGCAGAUCAUAUAUAUUCCAGCUUGAGUGACACUGAGAAACUAAACAGUUGCUUGUAUCAGUGUACUCUCCACAGUGAUGUAGACCGUGUCAAUGGCACCAUGACUUAUAACAAAGCUUUGAAAGUCUAUGAAACUCUCCCGAAGCACCUUGGACAGCAUGGAGAGAAAGCGGUGGCUCUGUACGCCUGGCUCUAUCCUCUGAAGAAUCUGGGACAUUCAGUUGAAAUCCGAUAUUUCACAAAGGCAGAGCGUGUGCUGGACCAUCUGAGGCAGGCCACCAUGAUAUGUCAGGAGAUGAUGACAGACUUCACCAAUGGUUGUGUGAUGAAAUGGUUUCCUGAUCUGAAGUCUAAACUGUCUAGAUUAUCAGAGCUGCUGCAGAAGUACCAGUCAGAGUUCAAGAGCGGGCUGGCCAUGGCAUUAAAGACCAUGAGAGAGAGUGAAGGGGUGGAUGAAAGCAGACUGAGAGACAUUCUCCAGAACCAUGACCAGUCACCGUUCUGUCCUCAGUCCAUAAACCUGUGGCUAAACAACAAGGCAGCGGAGGUGAAGGCUCUGAAUGUCUGUAAAACAAGAAACAUCCCCAUAAUGAAAUCUCAGGAAGAGCUGGACAGCGUCCUCAUAUCCUCAAAGGACAGGCUGCUGUGCUUCACUCUCACCUCCCUGGAGGAUGAAUAUCCAUUCCUCUCCACCAUGGAGCAGCACACACAAGAGAACCAAACUGAUCUCACUGGACAGCAGGAGACACCGCAACCAUUCAAACCUCCAGAUUUAACUCAGAAAAUUCAAUCUGACCUCCGCUUGUUCACCAAAUCCUAUGAAGACAGAAGAGAUGGAGAGUGUAUCAAGUUAAUUGCAGCAGUUAUACCAGAUAUCAGUGUUCCUGGAUCCUCCAUUCGUCUGUAUCAACGAGGCAGUCUCAUCGCCACCAACUUCCAGCUGGGAUUAAAACCUGAUCCAGUCCAGGUAGCAGAGAUAAAACAGAGCUGUGUCAUCCUGAAGUUUCCCCAGUCAACCAUCAGGAGACCUGAGAGGUACAGAGUAGAGUACAGAGUCGUGACCACUGGUGUUAGUGAGGCUAGAGAACGACCAUGGAAUGCGAUAGUCACCCCGGCUCCUGCAGAAACCUGCGUAGUACCUGGUUUGAAACCAUUCACACGGUACCAGAUCAGGUACUCUGUCAUAGAGCACUCUGGUAUGAGUGACUUCAGCAAGGUCAUUGAGGUCAAGACCCUGAGAUCCCCACCUGAACAUCUGAAUGUGAGCCGGCUGCUGAAGGAAACCAAUGGAACCGUCAAAGUGACUUGGUUCCAGCCUGAGUGUGAAGAUAGUGCCCCUGUACUCCACUACAAAGUAGACUAUAAAGAGGCAGGACUGGAGGGCUGGUCUACCAUGGUGACAGCUGAGUGUUACUGUGAUGUAACUCUGAACCUCAGUACCUGCUACAGAGUCAGAGUAUCAGCUGUCUAUGGAGAAGGAGACACCAGUGAAACCACCAGAGAGACAGAUGUCCCAGUCUACGGUGAGCUACAUCAAAUCAAUAUAACUUGA